GAUAGCUAACUUCUGUCAUGUUUGGUUGGUAAGAAAAUUUACAGUAGAAAAGUUUUUUGGGCUAAGAAAGCCCAAGAAUUUCGCAAACAAGCCCAGAAAAUGUCACUUCUUUCUUUAUUUAGAUAGUGACCAACGUUCAGUUGCACUCUUUAGAGAGACGUAGAAAGCUAGAACUGAAACACUCUCACUCCUCCUUUUUUGUAGUGGCUGGCCAACAUUGGCCACUAACCGUCUUUCAAUACUAGUGAAGGUAACCAUACAUUUCCUUUACAGCAUCAGGAGAGAUCCUUGCUAUUACCGAGUUAAAAUGAAGUUUGAAAAGCAUCCGGCCAAAGCAAGAAUAGGAAACCAACAAAAUAUGACACCUGUGGCUCUUGGUGUGGGUACUGGUUCAGUGUCCAUUGCUAGAAACAGCAGAACAGCUUCACCAUGUAGAGAAAUUAAAAUUGUCCAAGAUUUGAUCGAAAGGUGUCUUCAACUUUAUAUGAAUAAAGAUGAAGUGGUUAAGACACUCUUAGAACAAGCUAGAAUUCAGCCUGGCUUUACAAGCAUAGUAUGGAAUAGAUUGGAGCAAGACAACGCAGGAUUUUUUAAGGCCUAUUACACAAAGUUAGUUUUGAAGAGACAAAUUGCAAAGUUCAAUGAAUUACUUGAGAAUCACCACAAUUUGCUGAGUUACGCUGCACCUCGGGAGGUUCCCUUGGCUCCCAUGCAGGAAGGCAUUCAGCACAUGCCAGUUAACCAUUUACAUAAGGUAUAUACCCUUCCGCAGCAGCAUCCAAUUCCAUCAACUAGUAAUUACCAGAAUGAUUCUAGAGGCACCAUUUCCAACUAUGACCUAGCAUAUGAAAACCCAGAAUGUGGCAAUUUCCUCUCAACUCAGAUGAAUUAUGGGAUAUGGAUGACAAUGGACAAUAACGCAGCAGAUAUAGAGCCUAACCAUCCUUUUAUGAAGCCAGAGAUUCCAAGUCCUGUAUCAGUUACAUCCCAUGAUCAUUUUCCUUUCAUUCCAAGAGAGAUACAAGAGAGUGUGGUCCCCUCAGCUGUUGAAUUUGCUGAGUUAUCUCAUUUGCAAAGUGUAAGACAGGUGCCACUUGGACCUGGUAAUGCUAGCUCCAAUAACUUGGUAGAAGCGUAUUCAGGUUCCACUUCUACUGGAUUGCUUGAUCCUUUGGAGCAAAAUGACAAUGUCGAGGAGUUCUUUGUCGAUACCUUUCCUGCUGCAAGCUCUCAAUCAGAAGAAGAAUCUUAAGUGAAGCCCUCACAGUUUUAGCCCUAGUUUUUAUUUAGCUAGAUCUAUUUUGAACUCGAGAAGCUUCCCUAAUUUUCUUGACUUUCUAGAGGGAUCUAGUGCACUAGGGUGAAUUUGAAACCUUAAAGCAGAUUAAGGCAGGCAUCAAUAAGCCUUCUGCUAUAUUUUAUCUUUCUAA